CCUCCUCCCUGCCCUUCCCCAGCUCUCCCGUCCGUCCACCUGUGGCACUCUGCGCUGGCCUGGUCCUGCCCAAACAGUCGGACUGCCCUUGGAUUUCUCUGCCUGCCCUCUCCUUCCCAGGCUCACCUGCUGCCUCUGUUCACCGCGCUUGGGCCCACCUGCUGCCUCCUGUCCCACCCAGGGGCUUCUGCCCCUCUAGAGAGGGAUCAGGAGUCCCCUGCUUCCCCAGCAUGAGUGAAGCCCUGGCCUGGCGGGGAGAGAGUUUGGCUUCUGGGGCCUGACCACUCCCAGCUGCCCUCUCAUCUCUGCUCCUCUCAGCUGGCCCCUGAGCUCUCCGCAGCCGGAAGGCAGAUCUUCAACAUGGAGCUGGGGAACCUGACUGAGCCGGUCUAUGAGCUCAUCCCGGGCCUGGCACCUGAGGACCUAGGGGGGCUUAGGGGGCUUCAUGCUAUGGUGCAAGGCUUCCUGGGACUGGUGCAGCCCAACCCCUUCCCCCAAGACUUGAUCCGGAGUCUGAUCCAGGGCCAAGAGGACUCCAGCACUUUGAUCAAGGAGGUGCUGGCGUAUGAGGCUGGGUUCCUCGUCUGCCUCCUGCUGGGGCUGCUGUUUGUGGUGCUCGUGCCCCUGGUAGGACUCUGCUUCUGUUGCUGCCGCCUGUGUGGAAACUGCGGGGGGAGACUCCAUCAGAACCAGGACAAGGGCUCCACCGGCCGCCGCCAGACCCUUGCCAUCCUCCUGCUGCUGCUCUCCAUCCUCCUCUUGGCCGGGAACAGCCUCAUCUUUGUCAGCAACCAGCAGAUGUCUGAGUCUGUGUCGAGUGGCCCCGGCUCCCUCAACAGCUCUCUCGGGAACAUGCAGAUCUUCCUCUAUUCCAUCCCUCAGGACUUUGACAAGAUCAUAAAAGCCAGCAGCGAACCGGUUGGCAAUGUCAAUGCCAGCCUGCAGGACAUCGGGCAGCAGCUGGGGGGCAAGGUCCUUGUUCAAGUGCAGGGGGAGGUGUACCCAGCGCUGGGCAACAUGUCCGAGCUGCUGUCAGAGGCCCAGGAGAUGGAGAAGGAGCUGCAGGUGAUGACGAAUUCUUCGGAGAAGCUGCAGGACCAGUGGGAGGUGCUGAAGCAAAACCUCUCGGCCGUGCAGACAGAGCUCAGAGAUAUAAAGCAGGAUUGCGGGGACCCCUGCAAGAGUCUGGAGCUCAACGAUCUUGAUAUCAACUUUAACAUCAGUGAGAUCCCUAAUGUUGAUCCUGAAAUUGAGCUGCUCAGCAACCUGUUGAACACCAACCCCCAAGCCCAUGUUCAGCAGGCCUACCAGAUUCUAAACAGCACCCCCGAGGCAGUGCAUAACCAGACACGGGACUUCGUGGCAGAGGCUCAGGGCCUGUUGGAGAGCAUUCUGAAGCAACUGGACAGUAUUGGAAAGGAGAACCAGCUGAAGGAAGUCUUGGAGAAUGUUGAUGAGAUGCUGGGCUUGUUUGGAAACCAGAUCAAGGCUGUUGAACCCUAUCUCUCCCAGGCUGAUCAGUACAGGUGGGCGGUCGGCGUAUGUCUGGGCUGCGUGGUGCUCCUGGUGGUGCUGUGCUUCAUGCUGGGGCUGCUGCUCGGCUCCCUGGGGCUGCAGCCCCACACCCUGCCCACCCAGCGUGGCUGCCUGUCCAACAGCGGCGGAAACCUCCUCAUGGCGGGCGCUGGCUUCAGCUUCCUGUUCUCCUGGUUGCUCAUGCUGCUGGUGAUGGGGCUCUUCCUGCUGGGUGGCCAAGGCUACACGCUGGUCUGUCAACCCUGGCACCGAGGGGAGCUCUUCCAGGUUAUUGACUCAGGUCUGCUUCCUGGACUGAAUCUGUCCCAGAUCCUGGGGCUGGAGAACAGCACAUUGACCCUAGGAGGCUUCUACAAUAACUGUCAGCACAACGAACCCCUCUGGUCCACCCUGAACUUGGACUCGGUCAUCCACCUGGACGGCUACCUCAAUCUCAGCCAGUACAAGGACCAGAUCCAAGACAGUUUUGACAAGGUGCAGAUCCACACAAACUCUGUCACGCUGCUGGCCCCUAAACAACUGUCUGCCUUGGAGAAACUAGGCCACUCAGGGCUGCAGGACUUGGACUUCUCGGACUUCUUAAGCCAGCUAGGGAAGAACCCCACCAAGGAGAAUCUUGGGAAGCUGGCCACGCAGCUGGAUGCCCUGGCAUCAUCUCUGAACCAGUCUAAGGCAGAUGUGGCCAAAAAGCUCCAGAAAGGAGCCAAAGAUCUGCGGCGUCUUCAGGACCCCUUGGACAAGAUCUCCCCUGAGAUGCAAUCCCUGAACCGAAGCCUCCUGCGGCUCCAGAGCUCCAUCCAGCAGAUACGGGCCCAGUUGAACGGGAGCCUGGACGCCAUCCAGAAGGCCCAGGAAUUCCUUAAUGACUCCGUCCCCGCAAUCAUCAAGAACGAGUCUGGGAACUUCCUCUACACCCAGUUCAGCUACUUCCAGAAGUAUGUCGAGUGGGCCAGCCACAUGUUGCGUAAGGAGAUGGCCCGUUGUGGUCCUGCGGCCCAGGUCCUGGACAGUGUGGAGACUGUGGUCUGUAGUGUCGUCGUGGGCAACCUGAAUAUCUUCUGGUUCAGCUUGGGCUGGUGCACUGUCCUUCUCCUUCCCGGUCUCAUACUAGCCAUCCGGCUGGCCAAGUACUAUCGUCGUAUGGACACAGCUGAUGUCUUCAGUGGUGACACCUACGUGAACAGACAAGCGUUUGAGAUGUCCCAGAAGCCACCACCUUUCCAUUUCCCCAGGGCGGAGACAAGAUACUGACAUCUUCCUCUCCUCCUCCCCCGCCUCCCCCAAACCAUCUCCAUGACAACAGGGAGGCCCGCUGAGCCCACCUCCCGUGGAGCUGCGUUGAAGAGGUUUCAUCUCAGGGCUCCGCAGGGCAAAGUCUUGGCAUCCUCAAGCCUCUCUCAGGUGUUUACCUGCCACGGGCUUUGCCCUCCCCUCCUCUUUCCUGCCCCUCUCCCCCGCAACGAAGAACAAUAACCAGUGGUUUUGCUGGAACACCCACUCACCGCAGGGAAGGGCAGCACUCACCCACGGGGGUCCUCUUCUUGCCUUGGGUCCAGUCCCACCCCCUCAGCCCUGCUGGAGCCUUAAGGGUGGGCUUUGCCCAGGCUGGGGAGGGCAUCGACUGAGUCUUGUGCCAGGCUGGCCUCUUGCUGGGUGCAGAAAAAUCUUGCAGCCUCCAGAGGGCUCCCCAGCCUUACACCUAGCCAGGUGGCUUUUGAACUUUGUGGGAAAAUCAGUUUUUUCUUCUAUGGCAAAACCAGGCCUGGUAUGGUGUUUGGGAAGGAAGCAGUCGUUGACUUUGCUAGUUCUCCCUGAGGAGGGGGUAGCACGCUCUGGAGCCUCCCCAGACCCACCACUCCUUCCACCCCCAUUCUCACCAAUAAACAAUGUUGACUGCACACCUA